AUGGCUAAAAAUAUUUCAACAAAUUAUAUUAGAAAAUUAUUUAAUAAAGAAUACAUACCUUUAAGUUUUAAUUUGGGUAUAUAUGGUAUAAAAUAUAAUAAAAACGAAAUUAAUAAAUUAAAAGUAUUAUUAUAUUAUAAAUAUCAAGAGUUAGGUUAUAUUUCAAAACCUGAAGAAAAGUUAUUAUAUACAUAUCUAUUAUAUAAAAAACUAAAUAAAAGUUUUAAACAAUUUUUCUUUUUAUAUAAAAAAAAGUAUAUAAUAAUAGUAUUUAAUAAUACUAUUAAAUUUAAUCAAAGAAUGAUUUGA